UUGAAGGGAUCUAACUAUGCUGGUCUGCUGGAGCGACAUCGCAUUCAUACAAAAAAUGUGGAGCAUGUUGUAGACAGUUUACGGAACGAGAAGAUAGAAGUUCGUCUUGUUAAACGUCGAGAAUAUAAUGAAGAGACAGUUCGGUGGGCAGAUGCUGUUAUAUCAGCAGGAGGUGAUGGUACAAUGUUGUUGGCAGCCAGUAAGGUCUUUGAUAAAUUUAAACCAGUUAUUGGAGUAAAUACUGAUCCUGAAAGGUCGGAGGGUCACUUAUGCUUGCCUGUGAGAUACACUCAUUCAUUUCCUGAAGCACUACAGAAGCUUGAUCGUGGUGAGUUCAGGUGGCAGUGGCGGCAAAGAAUCCGACUGUAUCUUGAAGGAACGGGUAUUAACCCAACCCCUGUAGAUUUACAUGAACAGCAGCUAAGCCAAGAGCAACACAGCAGGGCUCACAUAAAUGAAAGAUUCCAGGAUCAAAGAUCUGACAUUUCUGGUCCACAUCUUUUACCGGUGAGAGCACUCAAUGAAGUCUUCAUUGGGGAAUCUCUUUCAUCCAGGUAUGCUGUGUGUUCUGUCUUAUUCAGGGAGAACUUUAAGUCCUGCAAACCCAGUUUUAAAUUCUCGCUUCAUAGGGCCUCCUAUUAUGAGAUAUCAGUUGAUGAUGGUCCUUGGGAAAAACAGAAGAGUUCAGGGCUUAAUGUGUGUACUGGAACAGGAUCAAAAGCAUGGUCCUAUAAUAUUAACAAGAUAGCCCAUCAAGCUGUUGAAGAGAUCCUUAAAAUUGCUAAAAAGCAUGGAAGUUUCAAUAUGCCAUUGAACACGGAACUAGUACAAAAAGUAACAAAUGAUUACAAUGAGUCCCUCCUCUACAGUCCAGAAGAACCGAAGAUGUUUUUCAGUAUUCGAGAACCUAUUGUAAACAGAGUUUUCUCAAGUAGCCGGCAGCGUGGCUUCUCUUCAAAAGUCUGUGUCCGUUCCCGCUGUUGGGAUGCCUGUAUGGUUGUAGAUGGAGGAACAUCUUUUGAGUUCAAUGAUGGGGCGAUAGCUUCAAUAAUGAUUGAUACAGAGGAUGCACUGUGCACUGUUUUGCUGGAAGAAUGAAGGACCCUAGCGUCUUCUGCUGAAACAAUUCCAGAUCCACAGAGGGAGCUUUUGGGGAUAUAUAGCACAUCACAAUGCUGCAUUAAGUUGGAAGUUGGCCUUCUUGGAUGCAAGAGCAUUUG